AUGUCAAAGCCGUACGAUCGUCCUGAGCUGACGCCACAGUUCUGCUUCAAUCAGACCGCCCUGCGAGAUUUCCUUCGCCUAUCUCGUGCCACAAUAGACGAUUCCAUCACCCAGAACCUGAACUCGCUCCUGACCCCUGCAUCUGUCGGCUUCGAUCCCUCUUCGACGAGCACUCGCUCGACGUUACCACCCGGCACGCGCCGUCAAAUUCCGGCGACCAGCUGCGAUUACUUCAAAGACAGAGUGCUGUUCCCGUCAUGGCAGAUGCGCUCUGAUGUUCUGAGCUACUGUGCGAGUGUGGCCACAUCAUCGGAUCCCGACGACCCCGUGUCUAUUCUUCGUGAGGUGGAGGACGCCAAGGUCCGCGAACGUAUCGUUGAUGAGCGACUGGAUCCCUACAGCGCCCGCUAUUUCCCGAAAGAGCUGCGGACGGAGAUGUUGGCGAACGUAGUUAGGAAUGAGCGGAUGGUGGAGAACAUCAUCAGGACUAGAACAUGGAGUUUAGUGGGGGAGAGGUGCGGAGGCGAGGCUCGAGGCUUUGAGGACGCCUUGAAUGAUUGGAGAAAGGGGCAGGAGGGCGGACCGCAAUGA